AUGUUAGUGCAGUACAGGACCCUGUGGGAAUUUUGAUCAGGCGGACACUGUGACGUCACACCGGGGUCCUGAUUAGCAACGGACGCUAGCGGAAGAGGAAGGAGCGGCCUGAGCGCGCGAGGCUGUUUUGGCAGAUUUGAGAAGAAUGCCGGCCGAACGCAAGAAAUCCACAACCGCAGACGAGAAGGAGACUUUGAGCAACAAGGAGAAGGAGAAGGAGCGAGACGGCGAGCGACGAGCGGCGUUUUCCCGAGACAAGGCCAGGGACGAGAACAAAAUGAGCGGAAAGAAGGAGGGAGGCAAGUCUGCAGACGAGAAGAAGCGAAGGAUCGAAGAGGAGAAGAGGAGGAAAGAAGAGAAGGAGCGCAAGAAGCGCGAGGAGGAGAAGCAGAAGGCCGAGGAGGAGCAGAAGAGGAAAGAAGAAGAAGAGCGCAAGCAGCAGGAAGAACAGGAGAAGAAGCUGCUGGAGGAGGAAGCUAAACGACAGAAAGAGGAGGAAGCUGCACAGCUGAAGGAGAAGGAAGAAGCUCAGCAGCUGCACCAGGAGGCUUGGGAGAGACACCAAACCAGGAAGGAGCUGCGUGUGAAGAAUCAGCAUGCUCAGGAAGGUCGCCCUGAAGAAGCCUUCUUCAGCCGCCUGGAUUCCAGCCUGAAGAAGAACACGGCGUUUGUGAAGAAGCUCCGCACGCUCACGGAGCAGCAGCGCUCCUCACUUUCGCACGACUUCGACUCGCUCAAUCUCAGCAAGUACAUCGGGGAGGCGGUCAGCUCUCUGGUGGAAGCCAAGCUGAAGAUCUCAGACGUGGGCUGUGGUGUGCACCUGUGCUCUCUGUUCCACCAACGCUACGUGGACUUCGCGCCGCAGCUCCUCGCUGCCUGGAAGAGGCACUUUGAGGCGCGCAAGGAGGAGAAAACCCCGAAUGUGAGCAAGCUGCGUACCGACCUGCGCUUCAUCGCCGAACUCACCACCGUGGGCCUGUUCACCGAUAAGGAAGGGCUCUCUCUGAUCUACGAGCAGCUGAAGAACAUCAUCGCGGCCGACCGUGAAACCCACACUCACGUCUCCGUGGUGAUCAGCUUUUGCAAGCACUGCGGAGACGACAUCGCCGGCUUGGUUCCUCGCCGCGUCAAAAGCGCGGCCGACAAGUUUGGCCUGAACUUUCCUCCCAGCGAGAUCAUCAACUCCGAGAAGCAGCAGCCCUUCCAGAACCUGCUUCGGGAGUAUUUCACAUCUCUCACCAAACACCUGAAGAAAGACCACAGAGAGCUGCAGAACAUCGAGCGACAGAAUCGGCGUAUCCUUCACUCGAAAGGAGAGCUGAGCGAGGAUAGACACAAGCAGUACGAGGAGUUUGCUACAUGCUACCAGAAACUUCUGGCCAACACUCAGUCUCUGGCUGAUCUCCUGGAUGAGAACAUGCCUGAGCUCCCUCAGGAUAAAACUGUCCAAGAAGAACAUGGCCCAGGCAUCGACAUCUUCACUCCCGGGAAGCCCGGAGACUACGAGCUGGAUGGAGGGAUCUGGGAGGACGAGGACGCGCGGAACUUCUACGAGAACCUGGUGGACCUGAAGGCGUUUGUUCCUGCCAUCCUGUUCAAGGACAACGAGAAGGUCGGCCAGAACAAAGACAAGGAGGACGGCAAAGAAGCUAAAGAAGGGCGUGAGGGGAAAGACGUGAGCUGCACAGAGGAACUGGAGCUGGAGCUCGAAGCUCUGGAUAUCACUGACGACCCUCUGGACAUAGAAGGUCCCGAUGAGGCCGAGAAUGAAGAACUGGCCAAGAAACUCCUCGACGAGCAAGAACAAGAGGAUGAAGAAGCCAGCACUGGAUCUCAUCUCAAACUCAUCGUGGACGCUUUCAUCCAGCAGCUUCCCAACUGUGUCAACCGAGACCUGAUCGACAAGGCUGCAAUGGACUUCUGCAUGAACAUGAACACCAAGUCGAAUCGGAGGAAGCUUGUGCGGGCGCUCUUCACUGUUCCCAGGCAGAGACUGGAUCUGCUGCCGUUCUACUCACGCUUGGUGGCCACUCUGCACCCCUGCAUGUCUGAUGUUGCUGAGGAUCUGUGCUCCAUGCUCAAAGGAGACUUUCGAUUCCAUGUCAGAAAGAAGGACCAAAUUAACAUCGAGACCAAGAAUAAGACGGUGAGGUUUAUCGGAGAGCUGGCCAAGUUCAAAAUGUUCUCUAAAACAGACACGCUGCACUGCCUGAAGAUGCUGCUGUCUGAUUUCUCUCAUCACCACAUCGAGAUGGCCUGCACUCUGCUGGAGACGUGUGGACGCUUCCUCUUCAGGUCCCCAGAGUCUCACUUGCGCACCAGUGUCCUACUGGAGCAAAUGAUGCGUAAGAAGCAGGCUCAGCACCUGGAUGCUCGCUACAUCACCAUGGUGGAGAACGCCUACUACUACUGCAACCCUCCACCCAUGGAGAAAACCGUCCGCAAGAAGAGACCUCCCCUACAGGAGUACAUCCGCAAACUGCUCUACAAAGACCUGUCCAAGGUCACCACUGAGAAGGUUUUAAGGCAAAUGCGUAAAUUGCCCUGGCAUGAGGCAGAUUUGAAGAGCUACCUGAUCUGCUGCAUGGUGAACAUCUGGAAUGUGAAGUACAACAGCAUCCACUGUGUGGCGAACCUGCUGGCUGGUCUGGUGGCUUAUCAGGAGGACGUCGGUAUACACGUGGUGGAUGGAGUGCUGGAGGACAUCCGCCUGGGCAUGGAGGUAAACCAGCCGAAGUUCAACCAGCGGCGCAUCAGCAGUGCGAAGUUCUUGGGCGAGUUGUAUAACUACCGCAUGGUGGAGUCGGCCGUGAUCUUCCGCACGCUUUUCUCCUUCAUCUCGUUCGGCGUGAAUCAGGACGGCUCUUCCAGCCCUCUGGAUCCCCCCGAACACCUGUUCCGCAUCCGCCUGGUGUGCACGCUGCUCGACACGUGCGGCCAGUACUUCGACCGCGGAUCCAGCAAGAAGAAGCUCGACUGCUUCCUAAUCUACUUCCAGCGGUAUAUCUGGUGGAAGAAGAGUUUGGAGGUGUGGACUAAAGAUCACCAGUUUCCCAUCGAUAUCGACUACAUGAUCAGUGACAUGCUGGAUUUACUGCGACCCAAAAUGCACCUGUGCUGCUCUCUGGAGGAGGCCUGCCAUCAGGUCACUGAGCUCGAGAGAGAAGUCCUCAUCAAACUGGGAUAUGCUACAGAGAAGGAUGGGAGCUGUUCCGGCAGCAUUGGAGAAGGAGAGGCUCUGGACGAGGAGGAUGAGGAAGAUGAGGACGAGCGUGGAGCCGAGACAGAAGAGCAGUCAGGAAACGAGAGUGAGAUGAACGAGCCUGAGGAGGAGGAAGGCUCUGAGAACGAGGAAGAAGAACGUGACGAAGAGGAAGAGAACACUGACUACUUGACCGAUUCCAACAAAGAGAACGAGACGGACGAGGAAAACAAUGAGGUGAUGAUUCGAGGUGGAGGUCUGAAACACGUGGCCUGUGCUGAGGAUGAUGACUUCAUUCAGGCUCUGGACAAGAUGAUGCUGGAAAACUUGCAGCAGCGCAGUGGCGAGGCAGUAAAAGUGCACCAGCUUGACGUCGCCAUCCCACUGCAGCUGAAGAGCCAGCUGAAGAAAGGCUCCGCCCCCGCGUGCACUGCAGACACAGACGCAGACAUCGAUACCAUGCAGUUCGUCAUGCUGACCAGGAAAGGCAACAAACAGCAGUUUAAGAUCCUGAACGUCCCUCUGUCUUCACAUCUGGCUGCAAAUCACUUCAACCAGCAGCAGGCGGAGCAGGAGGAGCGCAUGCGCAUGAAGAAACUCACCCUGGACAUCAACGAGCGUCAGGAGCAGGAGGACUAUCAGGAGAUGAUGCAGUCGCUGGCGCAGAGGCCGGCUCCUGCUAACACCAACCGCGAGCGCAGGCCUCGCUACCAGCACCCGAAAGGAGCCCCGAACGCAGACCUGAUCUUCAAGACUGGAGGAAGGAGACGCUGAGCGAGCGAGUGAGCGAUCGCAUGAAGAAGAGAGAGAGAAACAAAGGGAGAGUGAGGUGCACUUGUCCCUCAGUGAUGGGAAACUGUACCCGCUACACACUCCAACCACACCAACCUGAGAGGAGAACAAGACGACCAGGACCAGCCCCAUCAGCUGCACGGCUGCGGAGCUCAACGACCAGAACGGCUUACACACAGCAGAACAAGAUACACAUACAGACACACACACACACACACACACACAGAUAUCUCCAUUUACAGACCACGUGAUGGACAGACAGCCUCCAGAGUGCAGACUGAAAGCGUGUGAAGGGUGUAAAGGGUCGGCGUUCGGAGCGAGCGGAUUUAGUUGCAUUAGGCAGCACGAGGAGAACAUGGUGACCAACUGACACAGGGUUAGGAACUGGUUCUUCACCGUGAAAUAAAAGGAAAUGUUUUUUGUUGAACUCGAGACGCAGGAGAGCGAGAGUGCUGUUCUUCCCUCAGGAGCAGAAGAUCAGUACGAGGGGAAAACCUUUGUGUAUUUUCUGAGUUGGAAAUCAUUUGCACUCCUGGAUCUGGAUUUUAUAUUGUUCUUUCUUUCUUUCAUUCUUUUUUUUUCCCUUUGUGCUUUUGAUCAGUUUUGAAUGAAUAAUCCCCGUCUCCUGGUCACGUUCAGCGACUCGACUGCCACGUGAUUUUCUCUCUGUUUAGCAGAAGUGUGUUCUUACAGAUGGGCGUCGGCCUCCACGUACGCUUCACGUCACUGAAUAUUACUAAUAUGCAUUAAAGUGAGUUUAUUGCUGUGA